AUGACGUCUGCGCAGCUGCAGUACCAAUCGCUAUGGUUUGGUGGACCUCACUGGCUGCUUCCGGAGCAAGAUAACUGGCCGGGAACCCUGCAAGCUUGCGAAGACAGCAUUGACAGAUCAGUACUAGAGGAAAAAAGAGCCGUUGUCGCAGUUCUGAAAUCCGUUUCUCCCAGUGAGCUGUUUAACCUGCGAUCAACUUACACUGGAUUGGUGCGACUCACAGCAUACAUUUGUCGGUUCCGUUUCAACGCUCAAACUGCAAAUCGGAAUUGCCGAAACCUUGGAAGUUUAACCGUCAAAGAACUCGACGGCGCUAUACGGACACUUGUCUCUCUGUCUCAGCGAGAAUGUUUCCCACGUUUUUUGGCGGAUUUGCCAAACAAUCGUCCACUACGUGAUUCAUCGAUCCUGUCGCUCGAUCCUCAGCUAAUUGAAAGCAUACUCUGCGUUGGCGGCCGGCUACGUCUCGGACAUCUGUCGAACAGUCGAAAACAUCCAUUCAUUUUGGAUCGUCGUCACCCUCUAGCAAGGAUAGUAAUGGUGUACUAUCAUCAGAAGCUGUUCCACGCGGGUCAACAGUUACUGAUAUUGGCAGUUCGAGAACGAUUCUGGCCGAUAUUCGCCCGCGAUUUAGCAAGAAGCGUAAUCCAUAAGUGCGUCGCAUGCUUUCGGGUGAAACCGAAAGUCCAGGAUCAACUGAUGGCGGAUCUACAGCCAGAGAGAGUCACACCAUGCUUACCGUUUCAUCGUGUUGGAGUUGACUACUGUAGAUCGUUUUUAGUAGGCUACCCGUAUCGCAAAAAUCGCCCAGUGAAGUGCUUUGUAGCCAUCUACGUUUGCCUGGUCACCAAAGCAGUGCACCUGGAAUUAACAGCAGAUUUGACAACCCCGGCCUUCUUGGCCACACUGAAACGUUUUUCAUCCCGGCGAGGCAAGCCGGAACUCAUCAUGUGCGACAAUGCUCGAAAUUUCGUCGGUUCAAAACGGGAGCUUGACAAGCUUCGUAAAUUGUUCAACAAUCAGGAGUUUCAAGAACAGGCGAUAAGGGAAGCUUCAGAGGACAAAAUAGACUUCAAAUUCAUACCAGCACGAUCGCUGAACUUUGGCGGACUAUGGGAGUCAGCAGUGAAGUUGUUCAAAAUCCUGUUCAAACGCACUAUCGGAACACAAAGUUUGCUUCAUGACGAAAUGCUUACCGUACUUGUGCAAAUCGAGGCGAUUUUGAACUCUCGACCGCUUACACCUGUUAUCAACGAUCCAACAGAUUUCGAAGCGUUAACUCCAGGACAAUUUCUGAUUUAUCGGUCACUAACGGCAAUACCAGAACCAAACCUGGACAGUAUUCCUGAAGGUCGACUAGCAGCAUGGCAACGAAAUCAGCAGUUUCUUCAGCAAUUGUGGAUAAGAUGGUCGGAACAAUAUCUGUCUGAUCAGCAAAACAGAAACAGAUGGAUGCGACGAAAGGAAAAUUUAGCGAUUGGGACCAUGGUUGUCUUGAAAGACGAAAAUCAGCCCCCAUCCAGAGGAUCUCCGCAACCACCAGUUAAUUUAUGCACUCCUGAUUUCAACCAACUUGCGUCAACUGUUGAUUUUAUCGGGGCAUUCACGUUGAACUGGGAUACAAAUGUACCCCACGCUUUGGAACCGUGUGAAGACGAGAUUUCGGCAUUUACCGGCUUGGGACCCUAA